AUGGCUACACCAGACUUUAUUCAUAUGGAACACCAAAGUUAUAACACUGUUCAAUCCUGUGGUCUUGUUGCUAAGACCAACAAGGGAUAUCAAAGAGCAGUAGUUGAACAAGCUUGCAAUCUCAGGGCAUUUCUAGAGCCCUCGCAGCACCCACAGCCCUUGCAACACCUUCAGGCCUCUACAUCCUCUCAACUCUCGCAGCCCUUGAAUUCCUCUUGCACCUCUGAAGGAUUUGUUGCAACACAAAUGGAAGACAACAAGGCCAUUGCAUGUGAUGUCAUCAACUGGCUCUGUCAUGAUGAUGUUAUUUUCCAACACAUCAAAAAUCUAGGUGAUCCUACCAAGCUCUGGAGUGUGAAGGGUGUUCUGCAGAGGUUUAAAGAAAAGGGGUAUUUGAAUGAUCAAGGCUGGACAGAUAAAAUAGAUUGUCCUGACUUGAAAGCACCUCACUUUAAUCACCAACACAGUGGUGGAUCCAGCACAGAAGAUCUUAUGACCAAAUUUAUGAAUUGUUCAGUCACAGAGGCGCUUUUGCUAGCAGGCAAUUCAAAGAUUAAGCGGAUUUGGAGUUUGGAAUAUUGUCAGAAACCUCUUCCUGGGUCUGCUGAAGAACGCAAACUGGAUAUCAUAUUAUUGUUGAGCGACCCUCUUGUUCAGGACUGGCAUUGUGUCUUCAUGCUAGCUGAGAUGAAGCAGCAUGGUGUUGAUUAUGCUCGCAACAUUGUCAUCAUCUUGAUGUUCAUGGGUGAAGCAUUUACAUUUGCAUUUUUCAAUCAUGGAGGCACUGUUUGCCUUGAUAUGCUAAACAUCAUGGACGAUACGGAGGAAUUCCUUCAGCUUGUUUUAUACUUAUCCCUGGCUGAUCCUGGUAUGGUGGGUCUGGAGACAUCCAUCAUGCAGAACAAAGCUGGGCGAUUUAUAUGA